UACGAUAUUUCUAAUGUAUACAGUAAAAAGUUUUGGAUAUUUUUUGAUAGUGGCUGUUUACUGGGGUAUGGUGAAGUUAUCGACAAAGGCCAUCUGGCAAACUUGUGGAACAAGGAAGAUCUUGUAGAACAUAAACGCUUCUAAACUCCACGAGAACCAAACUGUGAAAUGCCUUAUUCUGACAGUGACCUCCUGUGGUGUCCUGAUGCUGAUGGCAAGAUGAUUGACUUUUCCUGCCUCGAUAGUGGGCCUAACAUUAAUGUCCAACAACAACCAGAUGUUUUUCAAGAACUAUUACACACUGACUUGCAUAGUCUGGUUCCGGAACUCGCUGGAGAAGAAGAAGAAAUUAUGAGACAGUUCUCGGAUCCGGGUUUUGAACUUGACAAUAUUUUUGAUGAUAUUCAAACCAAAAUAGAAAAUAGCGGCCUCCUCGACCAAUUGUUAAUGUCCCAGUCUCACUUUGAAGAAAUUCAGACUUCUCUUCGUAAAAAGAACAGGAAAGUUGGUGUUGAUCACUGGGUUGGAAAUAGUACUAACUCAGAAGAAAUCCCCCCCUUUUCAACAUCAUCCUCUUCUUUAUUAACCCAGACCCCAUCGUUAAUGUCCAUCGAAGAAUUUGAAGCUGACCACUCUCCAUCCACUGUUAAAUUUGCGUGUGUAAGUAGUAAUUCUUCAAAAUUAGUAACCUCAUCCAAAAUCCAGAAUCCCGGACCUAGGAUCUCGUGUCAGAACUCUUACCCCAUAUUAGCAGAAGCAUUAGGAGUACCAGCGCCGUCUAAUUCGACAUCAUCACCAUCCAUAACCACCUCGUCCUUACUGGCAGUCGCACUCCAGUCAUCAGGACUACCAUGUACCACAAGUUCCCUUUCGAAAUCACAGCCUUCACUUUGUGGAUAA